AUUAGUUGACAACAACCGUAAACGUGUCGAGCUCGCGGUUCGCGCCUCUGCGUGUUUGUUUGCAGGUCGUUAUCACAACAAUUUACACGUCCUGCAAUCUAGUACAAAGUUGGAGCGGCGAUGGCAUCCCCGGCAGCGGCACAGGAGCCCGGCCUGAGCCCGGGCUGCGCGCCCCUCGCUGACGCGCUGGUCCCGGCCAGCAUGUUCGCCCCGGAGCGGGGCGGCUGCGGGGAGGACAGCGGGGAUGAGAGCUGCGAGGACGGGGACGCGCUCAACGGCGAGUCCGAGGAUCGAGCCAUCGACUUCACCAGCAAGCUGGCACUUGUGAGCCCCAAUGGAGAGCAGUACGACUCUUUACUUCGGCAGCUUCGGGACAGAAUGGAGGAGGGCUGUGGAGAGACCAUAUAUGUGGUUGGGAUGGGCUCUGAUGGUGGUGACUGGGGUCUAAAUGAGAACGAUAUGGAGGCGUCUGUAGCAACUGUUCACUCCAUGUGUGAGCAGCUGGACGCUGACCUUAUACCUCUACGAGACCGCAACGAGGCUGCCGGGUUGGUGCGGGACUAUCUGAUCCGGAGACGUGUGGGCGAACUGGAUUUUUUGGAAGUCAGGGUUGCCGUGGUGGGCAAUGUUGAUGCCGGUAAGAGUACUUUGCUUGGAGUGUUGACACAUGGGGAGCUGGAUAAUGGCAGGGGCUUUGCCCGCCAGAAGCUUUUCAGGCACAAACACGAGAUGGAGAGUGGCAGGACCAGCAGCGUGGGCAACGACAUCCUGGGGUUCGACCAGGAAGGACAGGUGGUGAACAAACCAGACAGUCACGGAGGAAGCUUGGACUGGACCAAAAUCUGUGAGAAGUCCUCGAAAGUCAUUACCUUCAUAGACCUGGCUGGCCAUGAGAAGUACCUGAAGACCACAGUGUUUGGGAUGACUGGACACCUUCCCGACUUCUGUAUGCUCAUGGUUGGCAGUAAUGCGGGUAUAGUGGGGAUGACCAAAGAACACCUGGGUCUGGCUUUAGCUCUGAAUGUGCCGGUGUUUGUUGUAGUAACAAAGAUAGACAUGUGUCCAGCCAACAUCUUGCAAGAAACUUUGAAGCUCCUUCAGAGGUUACUGAAAUCCCCCGGUUGCAGGAAGAUCCCAGUUCUGGUCCAAAACAAGGAUGAUGUCAUAGUUGCAGCUUCAAACUUCAGCUCAGAGAGGAUGUGCCCCAUCUUUCAGAUUUCUAAUGUCACCGGAGAGAACAUGGACCUGCUGAAAAUGUUUCUGAACCUGCUCUCCUCCAGGACAUCCUACAGAGAUGACCAGCCUGCAGAGUUUCAGAUAGAUGAUACCUACUCUGUACCGGGAGUGGGAACGGUGGUAUCGGGGACCACUUUACGUGGGCUCAUACGUCUGAACGAUACCAUGCUGCUGGGGCCAGAUCCUCUUGGGAGCUUCAUUCCCAUUGCUGUUAAAUCAAUCCACCGCAAGAGGAUGCCUGUGAAGGAGGUUAGAGGUGGACAGACUGCCUCGUUUGCACUCAAAAAGAUCAAGCGCUCAUCCAUAAGAAAAGGCAUGGUGAUGGUAUCCCCUAAGUUAAACCCCCAGGCAACUUGGGAGUUUGAGGCAGAGAUCCUUGUGCUGCAUCAUCCCACUACGAUAUCUCCCAGAUACCAGGCAAUGGUCCACUGUGGCAGUAUACGGCAGACAGCCACCAUCCUGUCCAUGAACAGAGACUGCUUACGAACAGGCGACAAAGCUUCCGUCCACUUCCGCUUCAUCAAAACCCCCGAGUACCUGCACUGCGAACAGAGGCUGGUGUUCAGAGAGGGCCGCACCAAGGCUGUGGGGACAAUCACUAAGCUGUUGCAGUCCACCAAUAAUAUGCCAUCAAACUCAAAACCCCCUCAAAUCAAAAUGCAGUCCACAAAGAAGACGCCACUCCGAAAAGAAGAUGGUACCGUGGUAACUGGUGACGAUGGAGCUACGAUAGCACAGCCCCUGGGCCCAAACGCGUCACAACCGGGAGAGGGUGAUGAUGACCCUCAAAUAAAAGAGGGCAACAAAGAGAACAAGCCAAAGUCUGGAGGUGGUGGAAGGAGAAGGGGCGGCCAGCGGCACAAAGGGAAGGGCCAGAACAGCAGCAUGAACUCGACAGCAGCAGCCUCCUCAACAGGGACAGGAAACUGCUGAACUGCAGAUAAUCCCCUCGCUAUCAUUUCACCAACCGUCAUUUCACAUCAAAGAUCGAGAUGUUUGGAGCCAGACAAACUUACCCCUUCGCCUUUUGACACGAGGUCACGUUGUUUUUGUUUUCUGAAAGAAUACACCUCUCAUGCAUUAUCAAGUCUACUGCCUUUCACUACCAAAACUGGAAAGCAGUGUUGGUUUUGAGGUUUUCCUCACACGAUGAGGAUUCGUGUAAUUUUAUUUGUACCAGUGAAACCAGUCCUCAGGCUGCGGUGGAGGAAUACCAGUAGCUUAAACAAGAAACAAGGAUCCAGCCACAACAUGAGCAGCUAUAAGUUAAACUUCCUCUUACAUUCCCUGUUUAUUUGCAAUGUUGUUCUAUUUAUACCGCAAAUGUAAAAUUGCUGUGGAUUUGAUUGGAAAGAUGACAUUUUUGCAAAAUGUUUCAUAAUUACAAAUGUAGCAGAGGGCACAGUGAUUCAAAAUCCUAGACAGAUGGAAAAUAAAACCUGUUAUUUUAUAAUUAUCAAUUAUUUAUUUGGCAUACACGCACAUUUAUUCCUAGAUUACCAGAAUCUAUCUAAUCUCACUUGUGCUCUUAGAUUCAGUAGUUUCUGUCCAACUUCGUCAGUUCAUGUACAAGCCUUAUAUCAGUAGUGUUUGUACAAAUACUGCUCAUAACUUGUUGCUUAAGCGGUUGUUGAUUAUAAUGCAGUACUUGUUCCUCUAGUACUUAUGCAUUAAUGCCUGUUGCUGUUUACAUGUGACAUUUUAAAAAUCACAUUGCAAAACAAAAAACAUUGAUAUACAAACUAAUAAACUUUUCAA